CGGGGGACACCGGCCGCCCUGCCUCCAGUCUGCAUGCGGGCACGCGGCGGAGCAGACGCACGGCAUCGGGACCGCGGAUCCGGGGCAACAAAGGGACGCGUGCUCCAUCCCAAGCAUCAAAUAAAUAAAAGAUAGUCCCAGCCACGUUGCGCGUACACACAGGCCCAGCCGUCUGAUUGCAUCUGCCCUUACCUCGAAGCUUAAGACAGAGAUGGAGCUGGAGCACUUUGAUGAGCGGGACAAGGCUCAGAGGUACACCCGCCGGGGCUCCAGAGGGAACGGGCUCCCCAGCCCCACUCACAGCGCUCACUGCAGUCUGUACAGAACCAGAACACUGCAAGCUCUGAGCUCAGAGAAGAAGGCCAAGAAGAUCCGCUUCUACCGCAACGGGGAUCGCUACUUCAAAGGAAUAGUUUAUGCCAUUUCUCAGGAGAGGUUUAGAUCUCUGGAAGCCCUCCUCGCUGACCUCACUAGAUGUCUGUCAGAUAAUGUCAACUUGCCCCAAGGGGUGCGAACCAUAUAUACCAUUGAUGGAGUGUCAAGGAUCACCAGCAUGGACCAGCUGGUGGAAGGGGAGAGCUACGUUUGUGCGUCCAUAGAGCCUUUCAAGAUGCUGGACUACACAAAGAAUGUAAAUCCCAACUGGUCACAUGGAGCCAGGACUACUGUGUCUGCCCGCGACCCUUCUUCUCUUGGUAGUGCCAAGGCUGGCUCCCCAGAAACCAGGGAGAGCAAAGACUUCAUCAAACCCAAACUGGUAACAAUAGUACGAAGUGGAGUGAAACCCCGCAAAGCUGUACGGAUCUUGCUCAACAAGAAGACUGCACACUCUUUUGAGCAAGUGAUGACCGACAUCACAGACGCCAUUAAACUUGACUCUGGAGUCGUCAAAAGAAUAUACACCGUUGAUGGCAAAAUGGUCACUUGCCUUCAGGACUUUUUUGGGGAGGAUGACAUAUUCUUUGCUUGUGGUCCUGAAAAGUUUCGCUAUCAAGAUGACUUCAAUUUGGAUGAAGGUGAUUGUAGGGUGGCAAAGUCAGCAUCAUAUGGUCGUCUUCCCUCAGUCCAUGGUCGCUCUUCCCCAAGAAGUGGUGGAAUGUCCCGCAGGAGCAAGUCUCCUUCGUCUAUUAGUUCGGCUAAUGGCACUGCAGGUAGUCAGCUAUCCACACCACGAUCUGGAAAAUCUCCAAGCCCUUCUCCUACAAGUCCCACUAACCUCCGAAGACGACAGGGAUCUCAACACAGCGGCUCCUCACUCUCAUUAGCUUCCACCAAAGUAUGCAGCUCAAUGGAUGAAGGAGAUGGGCCUUCUAGUGAAGCUGAGUCAGGGCAUGAGUGCUCCUCAAUUCCUGCUUCGAUAGCAGAGAGGUACAAAGUAGGAAGGACAUUAGGGGAUGGGAACUUUGCCGUGGUCCGAGAAUGUAUAGAGAGACCUACUGGAAGAGAAUAUGCUCUCAAAAUCAUCAGCAAAGAAAAAUGCAGGGGAAAGGAGCACAUGAUACAGAGUGAAGUGGCCAUUCUUCGGCGUGUGAAGCAUCCAAAUAUAGUGCUUUUGAUUGAGGAAAUGGACACCCACAAUGAACUCUAUCUUGUGAUGGAACUGGUUAAGGGUGGAGAUCUUUUUGAUGCCAUUACCUCUUCCAAGAAAUACACUGAGCGGGAUGCCAGCUGUAUGUUGUUCAACCUGGCUAGUGCUAUCAAGUACCUUCACAGCCUCAAUAUCGUCCAUAGGGACAUAAAACCUGAAAAUCUUUUGGUGUAUGAGCAUCAUGAUGGUAGUCGGUCUCUAAAGCUUGGAGAUUUUGGCUUGGCGACUGUCGUCAAUGGUCCUCUUUAUGCUGUGUGUGGCACGCCUACCUAUGUUGCACCAGAGAUUGUUGCUGAAACAGGAUAUGACCUCAAGGUUGACAUUUGGGCAGCUGGUGUCAUCACUUACAUUCUCCUGUGUGGCUUUCCACCUUUCCGUGGACAGGGAGAUGACUGGGAUGCUCUCUUUGAAGAAAUUCUGAGGGGCCAGCUUGAUUUUCCAUCAGCAUACUGGGACAAUGUGUCAGACUCUGCUAAGGUUCUGAUCACGGGGAUGUUGCAGGUAGAGGUGGGUCAGAGAUACACUGCUAUACAGGUCCUUGAUCACCCCUGGGUCAAUGGUGAUGGUGUGCUAGAGACGGAGCACCAGCUUCCUGUUGCUGGGAAAAUAAAGAAGCAUUUCAACACUGGCCCCAAGCUCAACAGCACUACAGCAGGAGUGUCGAUCAUUACUACCACGCCACUUGAUAAAGAGAAGCAAGUUUUCCGACGAAGACGCAACCAGGAUGUAAAAGCUCCCAGCUCUCCACACAGUACUGGUCUCAGUACCUCCUUUGGUGCCAUCCCUGUACUCUCCCCUGGUUUGACCUCUGAGUCUGAAGACUAUUCUCCAGGUUCAGCCGACACUGUCCGCUCACCCAUCUCCCCGUUGUAACAGAUUUUCUGAGAUUGCAGCACUGUUCCAUGUUGUGUGGAAAAAGUGAGGAAAUUUGGAAUGUAAAAACGGGGGAAAAAAUCCAGAAUGGGUACAGUCACUGCCUAAUUCUGUGUACUUAUUUAAUUUCCUACAGUCACAUAGUCAUUACAUUACAAAAUGCAUAAUUCAGAUUUGAGGAUGACUCUCAGAUUUAAAUAAGAUAGUAGCAUGCAAACAUUUUAAGGUGGUAUAGUAUGUAUUUCCAAGUUUCUUUAUAGUGCUUUUUUUUUUAAAUUUCACAUGUUUUGAAAUCGAUUUGAAGUAUGUAUUUAGACUUUUUAUACUGUCCCUCAAAAUAGUUUUGGCAUGAGUUUUCAAGUUAUUUGAUAUUUGCUAGUCUUGGAGCUAUGGAAAUUAAGAGAUUCGAUCUACUUGGCAUUAACAAUACACAUUGAGAUCAAACAAGUGUUCAAUCCGUGUUUAAUGAUAGUAAAAUGACAAAAGGAGGGAGUUAAGAUUUAGAACACUGACAAUAUGUGACUUGGACCUCUGUAAUGGUCUUCGAAUGAAAGCCCUUAUGACCUUUUGUCUUACAUUUUCUUCUCUCCAAAUAUACACAAAUCAUUAAAGGCCUAUUCUUUCUUGGCAGUAGCUUACUGCAGUACUCUAGAGCCCCCUAAUGUUUGGUCUUAUGUGGUGCAGGACCGACCACAUGUGUUGCUGUUCAGUACAUAUACAUUUUAGCUUAUUAAUAAUAUUGAUUAUAUUACUUCAGGCUAAAAUGUUUAACACUUUAUUCAGUAUACACUAACAGUUUUCAUGUACAGUGGGACAACCUAUCAGGCUUGUUCAGUGGGAUUAAUGGUUGUGGUAAAUAAAUCUUGAACAUAUUUGAAAUGGCAUAAGUAUUUCAAAGAAAUGCUACUAUAGUGUACCACAAACACGUUUCGGACUGUACUGAUAUUUUGAGUAGGCUGUCCUUCAAGUGGCUUGCCUCUUUAAAAUGACAACACUUAUGUUUGACAGUUGACCUGUGUGGUGAGGGAUGAUUAUCUAUGACCGAUUUAGUUAAAUGUCUGUGAGAGUGACUAAUGUUGGUGGCACAGAUGAAUGUUUGUGUCAUGUAGUAGGUAGUAAGUGCAUGUUUAAGGUGUUACCUUGGCACAUAUGCAUUUAAGUGCAAUUAGGUGUCCUGUCUAAUGAGCACAGUAUCAGUUUUGUCUCAAUAUUCGCACCACGACCAGUCAGGUGUUGCCACUAUAGCUGGCAGCCAGAAAAACGAUCACACUGGGCCAACUGGUGCAACAAGGAUUAUCUUCAGACUGAAAUAAGGAGUUCAAUGUUAGAAUACUUGCAGUGCUUCCAGUAAAAUGUCUUUUCCAUCGGUCAGAUUUUUUUUUCUCCUGAAAAUAGUCUGCAGUGCGUGUCUCCUACCUAUCAAGACAUUGUUAUCCAACUCAAUAUUCAAAGAUGUAAAUUUCCUCCUCAUUGCUCAGAGACUAUAACUUGCACGUGUACUAAUAUACAUACCAGUCAGACAUUUUGGUGAUCUUGAAAAAACACACUUUUUUCCCCCCCCAAAAUUUAAAUGAUUUGAUAUGGCAUGAUGUCAAAUGUGAACAUUGUCCAUGGUCAUACCUGAGGAAUUGAGGUUUGAAUGUAUAUUAACAGCUAUUUAACUUUUCAUUAUUGACUGUUAUUUUUACUUUGUUUUUUUAAGGGCUGUCUGUUUUUUGUAGAUGGAAAUUAACCAAAAAGCACAAGGAAAUCCAGAUGUGGUUGAUGACAAUUGGGGAAUGUUUUUCACUGUAUGUGAUAACUGAAAAAGUGAUAAGGUAUGGUUGGAGCUGAACGUAUUGAACUGGUAGACUGGAAUGCAAGUAUUUUAUGUUUAUGCAUUUAGCAGACACUUCCAAAGCGACUUACAAAGUAGGGGGCCGCCGAGAGUUAAACUGAGGACCUCUAGAUUUGCAGUCAAAUGCUCUACCACUGAGUUUUGUUGAAACUGAUUAAUUUGAGUGCUUUUUUCUUCACCCUGACUCUUUAAAGAUGCAAUGAAAUAACCCAAAAUAAACUUGUUAUAAAGAAAUGUACAAUUUCAACUUGUACUCAAAGAUCAGGAACCCAAAGAGAGCACUUACAAGCUCAUUGAAAAAGGUUUGCAUUGGUUCAUUCUGACAUUUAGCCAGCAGAUGGCAGUGUGACUAAAUGGCACAAAUCAAAAUGUUGCUUUCAGUGAUGAGUAUUUCAUGGAUUUAGAGCACUUUUACCACCUUGACAGUUCUUUUCCAAUACUGGAUUUAAACAAGCUUUGAAUUUACUCAUCUUUAUUGAAAAUUAAAUCUAUUUUUUUCCUUCAUGAAUUUAAACUUCAAAAAUCCUGUUUAGACCAAUUGUAUGCAAAACGGUUGUCUGAAUCAAAACAUGUGAAAUCUAAAAGCCAUAGUCAGACUUAAAUUUGCAGACAGCAAAGUUAACCCCCUUCCUUAGGAAUCUUUUAGCAUGCAAACUGUCAGCUUUGGAAAGGGUGUGUAUGUAGCACCUGGAAUAAAUAAAAAAUAAAGACAUCCAUUUGCAUAUUUUUAUUUGUCUGGAUCGACAGCUCAUUGUAACCCUUUGAUUUGUUAGCUUUGCUUGUGAUCUAAAAAACUACUCUAUAUUUAGAGUAGUUAUUUUUUUCCUGUUCAUCAAUAUAACAUGGUGCCAGUGAACUCAAAACCUUCCUUAGACCUAUUUUGAAACGCAGUCAUAAUAUUGCUUAUCAGAGUUUUGAGUGACAGCAUCAGCGGCUGUUCACAAAUUCGAAGUGAUCAAGCUAACGGGG